AUGGGCAACACAAAAACAAAAGACCAAUCGAGUUAUGUUACUUCAUUAGAACCACGAGCUCCAAAUCGUCAUGAGUUAGACACGACUUUACCAGCACCAGGUCCUACUAGUAACAACGUCGAUUCAUCGUCAUCCUUUCGUAUCCUUUCAGCUAAUCAACGCGCUAUUACGUUUGACGAGCGUGUGCAUUUGCGCUCAGACUCGAGAAGUCAUAGUGACCGUAUACCGGCCGAAGGUAGCAUCAUGUCGGGAUUUCAACCACUUGAACGUGCUGCUACCUUCGAUUCCCGUUUAUACCCGAUGAAACAGCGUUUGACUGCGUCUGAUGUGGCGUAUCGUCGCUAUUUUAAUGUACACGAACGACGGGUGAAGAUGAACGCUGACCGUAAUUUGUUUCGUAUUGCUGAGAGUGAUAAAGAACGUCAAGAAGCGAUUGUUAUUGUAGAUCCAUAUACUACAGGGAUGACUCUGGCUCAGAAGAUUCUUGAUCGUGGUUAUUUGUGUAUCUGUGUGUACUCGGAUACACUUGAAGUGACACAAGAGCGCAUUGCACACGUGCCAAAGGAAUUGGCUGCCAAGUUUCUGGCUAUUAUUUACCACGAUGGGGACAUCGCACGUGAGGACGAGAACAAGGCAUUUACGGACACGGUAAACGCGAUCCGUUGUGUCAAGAAUGUGGACAUUGUUAGCAUUUUUGCGGGCGCUGAGACAGGCGUGUUACUGGCCGACAAACUUUCGGAGCACUUUCAGCUCACAACUAACGGUACAAAAGGCUCCGCCGCUCGACGCAAUAAAUACUUGAUGGGUGAGAAGGUGCGUGCAGCAGGAUUACGAGCUGUGGCCCAAGUGCAAGCAACUAAGUGGUCUCAGGUCGCGUCUUUUGUCAACGAGGAGCUAUUGCCGAUGUUAAAAGGCAAAGACUUUAAAGUCAUUGUGAAGCCGGUGGAUAGUGCAGGCAGUGACGAUGUCAUGCUGUGCCACUCAAUGGACGAAGUUCGCACCGCUUUUGGUAAUAUUCAAGGCAAGAUCAAUCGGUUGGGACUUGAGAACCAGGCAACGCUGGUACAGGAGUAUCUGGAAGGCACGGAGUACGUUGUGGAUACAGUCAGCCGCAAUGGCGUGACCAAGGUUGUAGCGCUAUGGGAGUACGACAAGCGCGCAGUGAAUGAGGCGCCAUUUGUAUACUACGGCGUCUUGCUGCGAGCAGCUCCUGAUGGUUCUGUAUUGGCAAAUGUAUCUGAUUACAUUCUGAAGGUGGUGGACGCACUGGAGAUCGUGCAUGGUCCCGCGCAUGCAGAAGUGAAGGUAGUGAGAGGUGAACCGUGUCUUGUGGAGAUUGGUGCUCGCUGCCACGGUGGAUCUGGCUCGUAUCUACCAAUUGUGACUCCUUGUCUUGGUCAUAACCACGUGGACGCUGCAUUGGAUUCAUAUCUGAACGCUGAAGCUUUUGAACGAUUGCCUGACCGUCCGAAGGAGCUUCAAGCUUAUGGUUGCGAAGCGAUGCUCGUGUCAUACGAGACUGGAAAGCUUGCAGGUUACCCGGGAAAGGAUGAACUAGAAAGUCUGCCGUCUGUAGUGUCUACGGUAUGGUAUACCCAUAUUGGAGAAGAGCUGAAAGCUACAGUCGACAUGUUUACGACGCCUGGCAGUAUUAUUAUGGUUCACGAAGACGAAGAGCAGUUGAUGCGCGAUUACGCACGCAUUCGUGAGUUGGAACACAAGGGUUUGUAUGCACUAGAACCCGAAGAGGAAGCCAAAUUUAAACCGGAGGUAUCGCGCGGUACUGUUGUGGUCGUAGACCCCUUCUCGACGGGUGCUGUGCUGGCACACGAACUUAUGACUAAAGGAUACGAGUGCAUUUGCGUGUACAGUUUUCCCCCUGAGAUCGUCGAGAGCGCGGCAAAUCUAGUGCCCGAAGGACUUACACUGGAGUUUGCAGCCACUGUUGCGUUCGAGGGUAACCUGGAUCAGACGGUGGAUGCCAUUGCUAAGGCGGCAAAGAAGAUAGCAGAACGACAAAGUAAGAAUAAUAUUGGGAUGAAAGCAAGUACUUCAGUGUGUGCGGUGUUUGCUGGAUCGGAAUUAGGCGUCAAGCUAUCUGAUGCUCUCACGGAUGCUUUAGGGCUACAGGGUAAUCCCAUGGAGCAUUCGAAUGCACGACGUGAUAAGUAUCUUAUGGGUGAAGCUCUACGUGCUGCCGGCAUACGUACUCUAAAGCAGGCGAAGGCAAACGUUUGGGCUGAGGUAGAGGCCUUCAUUAAGCAAGACCUGAAGCCAGAGCCUUUCCAAGUGGUGCUUAAGCCGUUAGAGAGCGCGGGCACUGAAGACGUAACGCUGUGUCUAUCGUUGGAAGAAGCUAAGCAAGCGUUUGACGGUAUCAUAGGCAAGAUCAAUAGCCUUGGACUCCAGAAUGACGCUGUUUUGGUGCAAGAGUACCUGGAAGGCGAUGAGUACGUGGUUGAUACGGUUAGCCGCAAUGGCGAGCACAAGGUGACCGCCAUCUGGAAGUACGACAAACGUCGCGUGAAUGGCGCUGCAUUUGUAUACUUCGGACUGUCACUGGUGCCUGCCGAUGGUAUCGUCAAUGAAAUCAUUGAUUACCAGUUCCAAGUUCUCGACGCGAUGGGUAUAUGCAAUGGACCCGCACAUGGAGAGGUCAAGUUUUGCCGUGGGUCUCCAGUAUUAAUAGAGGUUGGCUCUCGAUGCCACGGGGGCGAGGGUGCAUGGGUACCCAUCGCUAACAUUUGCGUGGGCUACAACCAAGUGACUGCGGCCGUUGACAGCAUUUUGGAUGGCGAGGCCUUUGCAAAGCUCCCUGAUCGACCUAAGCUGCUUGCAUAUGGUUGUAAGGCCAUGCUAGUGUCGUACAAGAAUGGCGUCUUGAAGAGUUUGCCGGGCAUCACGAUGAUUGAAAAAAUGCCAGCUUUUCUUAGAAAGGAGAUUUUUGUCGCACCAGGUGAUACUGUACGUCAGACAGUGGACAUGUUCACAACACCAGGUAGCAUAAUGCUUACCCACAAGGACCUUGACGUGCUCGAGAGUAAUCUUGCUCGUAUUCGCGAACUUGAGGUCGACGGAUUAUUCGAGCUGGAGUAA